AUGACGCAAACCAAGGUCUCUUCCGCCUCUUCUACUACCUUGAAGAGGUUCCCGCAUAUCUAUGAUGACCCUUCUACCCUGCCCCGGUCUCUGGAUCCCUUCACCAUCACCACCUCCACUGGCUUUCUACCCUACAGCACUGCCCCUACUACCCUCCCUGAGGUGUUUCAGCCUUUGAUGUCCAUACUAGACCGCAUGCCUGUUCUCAAGCUGGAUGGUACCCCUGGCCUACUCGCCAAGUAUGAACUAGGUCCUGUUGUCGAGACAGAGCUUCCUGACCUGACGGACGAGGUUGACAAGCUCCUCGCUGCUGAUGGUGCACCGGACCUCUACACCGUGGCUGCAGUGUUUAGAGAUUACUCUUUCUUAGCCUCUGCUUAUCUGCUUGAGCCUUGCUGGGAGACUUGGUCUCAGAAUCCCCAGAAGGGCUAUGGGUUGGGGCGAGACCUGCUGCCCAAGGCCGUUGCACGUCCCAUGUAUCGCUGUGCACAGUUGCUGGACAUCCCACCCUUCAUGUCCUAUGCGGCUGCCUACUCGCUCUUCAACUACCAUCUGGAUAACCCAUCCAAGGGCUUGGCCUACGAUAACCUCCGGCUCGUCCGGGCUUUUGAGCGUGGUCUUGGCCCCAAGAGCUCGGAAGCAGGCUUUAUUCUCACCCACGUCGACAUGGUCAAAGAGUCCAACGGCCUGAUCAGUGGCGCCCUCAAGGUCGUCGAUACCCUUGACCAGGGCGGCCCUCGCUCCACCGUCAACGACGGGUUCCGAGAGAUUCUCAACGCCAUGGAGAAAAUCGAGGCCUCAAUGGAAGACAUGUGGACCAACUCCAAGCCCACCGAGUAUCUCUCCUUCCGUGUCUUCAUCUUCGGAAUCACCUCGCAGUCCAUGUUCCCCAACGGCGUCAUCUACGACGGCGUCCUAGACAACAAACCUCUCUACUUUCGAGGCGAAAGCGGCGCCAACGACAGCAUGAUCCCUCUCCUCGACCACCUCCUCCAAAUCCCCAUGCCCUCCACCCCGCUCACCAAGAUCCUGCACGAGUUCCGCGCCUACCGACCCCUCCCCCACCGCGAGUUCCUCGCCUACAUCAACUCCAAAGCCGAGGAAGUCGGCGUGCGCAGCUUCGCGGUCCAGGACACGGAGACGACCGUCCUCCUGCUCAAGACGCUCAACCAUGUGCGCAGCUUCCGCUGGCGCCACUGGCUCUUCGCGAGGGAGUAUAUCAUCAAGCGGACCCCGCAUCCCACUGCUACGGGUGGAAGUCCGAUCGUGACGUGGCUGCCGAACCAGCUGUCCGCGGUAAUGGACCUGAUGAUCUCCAUCUACGACACGUACCUGGCUCCGCAGAAGGCAGCGGGCGUCGUCUCGAAUGGCCACCUGGCGUAUGACGCGUCGGUCCAGAAGCAGGUCGAGCCUAUGAUGGAGAUGGUGCGUGACCAGCGCGAGAAGCUCGCAAGAGAGGUGGAGAGGUGGUGCAAAGAACGGGGCGUUUGA